ACUCGGGCACCGCAGGUAGGGCAGGAGGCUGGAGCGCCUGCUGCCCGCCGCCCGUAAGAUGGUCCCCUCGGCUGGACAGCUCGCCUUGCUCGCGCUGGGUCUUCUGUUGGCUGUGUGCCAGGCCCUGGAGAACAGCACGUCCGCCCUGAGUGCAGACCCGCCUGUGGCCGCAGCUGUGGUGUCCCAUUUUAAUGACUGCCCAGAUUCCCACAGUCAGUUCUGCUUCCAUGGAACCUGCAGAUUUUUGGUGCAGGAAGACAAGCCAGCAUGUGUCUGCCAUUCUGGGUAUGUUGGUGCACGCUGUGAGCAUGCCGACCUCCUGGCUGUGGUGGCCGCCAGCCAGAAGAAGCAAGCCAUCACCGCCUUGGUGGUGGUCUCCAUCGUGGCCCUGGCUGUCCUCAUCAUCGCAUGUGUGCUGAUACACUGCUGCCAGGUCCGGAAACACUGUGAGUGGUGCCAGGCCCUCAUCUGCCGGCACGAGAAGCCCAGUGCCCUGCUGAAGGGAAGGACUGCUUGCUGCCACUCAGAGACAGUGGUCUGAAGAGCCCAGAGGGAGUUUGGCCAGGUAGACUGCGGCAGCCUGAGGAAGAAAGGACUUCUUCAGGACGAGCCGACAGACCUUCCUACUCUGCCUGCAAUCACCUGUGCAGCCUUUUUGUCUUUUGUGGGCCUUCCUUCGAAACUCUGUCAAGAACUCUGUCUACUUGGGGUUAUUUGGUGUGACCUAGAGAAGAAAUCAGUGGACCACAGUUUAAAGACUGGUCAAAAAAGAAUUGCAAAGGGGUGGACUUCCUGUUUACCUAGCGAAGGUGUGUGCAUCUGUCCGCACCUGAGCCCAGGUGUAGGUGUGGUUGCCUUCUGCCGGUCACGGAGGCUGGGCUAUGUUUCUUUUUAAUGGACUCCUGUCCCCACAAUGGUGUCCAUCCUGCCCCAAACUGGAGGUUGCCGUAGUUGAGUUUUUCCUCAUCCGCUUAUUGGAGAAGAAGGCGGAGGAAGGGUAACUGUUUGCCACAUGAAGAUGCCAAGGGUAAGAGGAACUGUGUAUGUCCUCUGUCUCUGUCCACGAGACCCUCAACCAGCCUGACGUCUUCCACAGACAUACGACGCUGAGGACCUUCCCAAGCCGUCGGCACCCUCGGAGAUAAUUUCUUAUUUAUUAGAUGGAUGAUGGUUUUAUUUUAUCUUUAAUCUCUUAAGUCGAUGUAAAAAGCAUCAAACCUUUUCAGACUUCUACAUUAACGAUGUACGUAAUGCUGGCUGAAAAGUCAACUGACUGAUUAGAGCUGUCUGGCCUCUUUGGGACAGCUAAGGCUUGGGGAAGGCCACCCGGGGGGGUACAGAGAUGGAAGCAGAGGAUGGGUUGCUGAUGAGAGCAAAGGUUGGGUCUCAGAGGCCUUGUCAUUUAAGACACAAAACAGGUAAAGGCCCCCCGAUACAUUCCAGUAGAAAAGUUAGCAAAUCCAGCAGCAGAGAUCUGUCGGCUUUGUUGGGGGAGACAGGAAGAGAGUGCCUGUGUGCCUCUACACAAGAGAAACACAGUACCACACUGCUUUGUGAUUAAGCAUGUUCACUUCCUAAUGCGCCCUCCAAGUGCAUGUUUAGAAACAGAGCACAUGCGGAAAGCCACGGGCAUUUGGGCCGCAUUCGUGAAAGGGGGGCUAGGCAUUUCCUUCCUAUGUUGUUGCAUGGUUGAUUUGUUGCUUUAUUUUUAAAAGGAGAAAUUUACCUUUCCUAUUUAUUUUCUAGCAUUAGGAAAAAUAUCCCAGUGACUUAUUUUUCCCUUUUCCCUUCAGGAUGCUGGUUUUAUUAACAAAAACUCUUAACAAGUCACCUCCACCAGCGUGGGCCUCGCUUUCCCUUGAGAGAAGGAGAAAUUGUUUUCAUGGGCAUCUGGGUACAUUCUGCCCCACUGGGCUUGCCUGUGGAAAGCACUGGUUCCCUCUCCAACUAAACAACAGCUCAUCCCUAGCAAUUUUCAUUAAAAUUUGGAAGUAGAAUAACAGCAAAAUAAUAUGUGAAGUCCUUAUGUGAGGAAACUCUUUGUUCACUAACAUUUGAAAACUGAAAGAUUUCUACCUAUUAACUUCGUGCAUCUAGCUUCCACACAUCAUGAAAGGGACCUUUAAAAUAGGUCAGGUUGGCUUAAAAUUUCUGUCAGGUAGUUUUGUCCCCCUCCAAUUCUUCUUCCCCAAUCUGUGCAUUUCGAUGAAUUUUCUCUUUAUUCUGUACGACUGAGACAAUUGUAUGACCCGUGUCUUAGCUUUGGCACUUUUCUGGAAUGAUGCUGCACCUGAAGCAAAAGGAGCAGAAAUGGGAUCAGUUCACCAGCUGGCCCACUGACGAUAUACUUGACACAGUUCCCGGGUCUUGAUAUAAAAGAAUAGGUUUAAGCUUGCAUUUCUUGGCCACAUCCUACAGCAGCAGGUAUGUGGGCUGAGGCCUAACUGUAGCAUCUUGCUCAGAGACCAGUCCCAUUGACACUGGUUUGUAGACCCCCAUUUUCACUCCUCUCUCUCUCUCAUCAGACCCUCCUGAAAGUCUGAAAGUCUGGUUAGAGAGACCAAUGGCAGUGGAGUAGUGUGUUUUUAACUUGAGAUCACAUUUUACUUAGAACAAUCUUUCCUCGGUCUUUUAGAGACUAUUUGAGAUCUGACUGCCUUUAAAGAAUAUGAACUGAUGGGAAAUGUUUCGUUCAGUCUUCAGGCGUCCCAGAGCCUUUGCAGAGGUGUGGGAAGAGGAUGCAAGCAGAGGGAACCUUCUCGGUUCCCUGAAGGGGCUCCACAGUUAGGGUCCGUGAAGGCUCUGAUCCUCACAUUACAGGUGCCAGCACCCCUUUCCUUGUGCCAGGGCAACCAUGCGGUGAACCGUGCAGAGAAGGAGCGUGUGCCUCCCUGCAGGUGGCUCCCAAGUCAGUCCUCUGUAAACCAGUAGGUCUGAAAGAGUUGGAAGCAGAGGCUGGGGUGAAGGCAGGCCUCGAUGGACCUUCGUCCGUGCCCAGGAUAGGAGAGCCUUGCUUCUUUGGUGAUUCCUCUUUUAGAAAUCAGGUGGCCAACAAGCAUUGGAUUCCUGUGCCAUUUCAUGGUGUUGAUACUUUUUGGGUUAGCCCCCUUUUCAGGUUAAAAAAGCAUCUUCUAAUCCGUCUUCACAGGUUCCCUGUCUCCUUGCCCUUUAGAAAGCCGAAUAUUACAGUUCGGGAAUUGUUCCUGAGGCCCUUCCUGGUAAGGAGCCGCACACCUGAGAGUGGGGAUCAGAGCCGCUUCCAGUGUCUAUCUCAGGAGAAAUGAAAAGCCCCCAUUAGAAGGAGGGGGUGCUUCCAAAUAUUUUAUGGAGCCUAGAUUCUCCCACUGCUCUACAGGCUGUAACGUCUUUGAGCAUACUGGCAGGAAACAUUUUCUUCUAGAUAGAAAGACCUAUAGCAGCCAACCCUACUCUGGAAAAGAUGCAUCUGGACACACAUGGAAUCAAGCAAGAUACGAGCUCGCCAUGGUGCUCCAUCCAAGUGGGCAGAAUGGCCCAGAGUCUAUUUUCCUAAGAAAGGAGCAGGAGGUGUGAUUGGUACCCCCUCACCAACGGGUUGGUGAGGGAGGAGGAGGUGUGGUUCUAGAACUUCUUGGGAAAUUAUGCUCUGCAGGUGGAGAAAAGUGUCUGUCUCCACCCAGGUUUUCCAGGGCCAGGUGGUCUCAGUGCACAUGGGCCGCUAGUCACUUUUCCAGGCAAUUUUGGCAGAAAUGGAUUGGCAAGGCUCCAGCACCAUUCAGGAGACCCUGACCUCCUAGUAGGGCCUGGGCCUCGAUUUCUGCCAACCCACUCAGCCAAGGAAGGUGGCGGCUUCAAAAGCCCAGGACCAAAGGGGACAUCACAGAAACAAGAGGAACACAUAUGUUUGUUCUUAAUGUUGGAACGUAAGACCUGUUCUCUGCAGCCACUGAUUUUACCAGACUUCCUGAAAGAUCUAGUGGUGAACAUACACACAGUACUGAAAAACAGCCCCUCCCCCUGGUAUAGUAACUUACUGAAGUAUUCCACUUUUCAUUAUCUUUAUUAUAACAAACCUGAUGCUUUUUUUUAUUUUUAGAACUUGUUACUCUGACUUCUGUAUAUGUUGCACUGAAAAGGUUAAUAUUUAAUGUUUUAAUUUAUUUUGUGUGAUAAGUUAAUUUUGAUUUCUGUAAUGAGUUAAUGUGAUUAGCAGUUCUUUUCCUUAAUAUCUGAAUUAUACUUAUUUAAAGAGUAGUGAGCAAUAUAAAAUGUAGUUGUGUUUUUCAGUCA